CCCAGCUCGAAAUUUACAUCUGGGGUCUCCGCACGGCAGGUCUCAAAGCUUCGACAUUCUGGGGUAUCACGGUGAAGACUUUUGCACAUUCCCUCAUUAUACUGAUCCUCUUGUCAUGGAUGAAUCAACGGAUUCUCAGGCUCCGCAGGGACAGGGCAGUAGAGCCGCAGCGCAACGUCCAAGGCGGCCACGAGCUGCUCGCGCCUGCGAUCUCUGUCGAUCUAAGAAGUACAAGUGCGACGAAUCUUAUCCUUGUUCAUAUUGCCAAAGUCGCAAUGUCGAAUGCGUCUACAAAGGUCAGGAUAUGUCGCGCAUGCGCAUAACAUCAAGCUAUGUGCGGCAAUUGGAAGAGCAGGUCAAAAGCCUGUCUAGCAUCGUGGAAAACUAUGAGAAGGCAGCGACCGAUGGACCAAGUAACAGCCCCGAAGCGAUGACGAUGAAUGUGUCUUCUUCCUUACCAAUUGCACAACAUACAACAGUAAUGGAGGCCUUCCCUACACCCAACAGCACUUCUUCAUGGCAUACGAGAGAACAAGAGGUCUCUGGCAUGAAUACUCACACAAGAGAUGUCGAAUUCUAUGGUAGCUCUUCGUCAGUAGCUCUUCUGUCGCAUGUCCAGCGAACUGGAGAGGAAGACAAUGCUGAUGAUGAUGCGGGCGCUCUUCUUUCUUCUUUACACAACCCUGCUUUUGACCCUAGCGGAUCACAAGAUACUCAGCGAGGGAGAAGGGGCACUGAAGAGUCGGAUCACUCGCCUUGGUACCUCCAAUGCCGAAAUUUCAUAGACGCUUUCUUCUCCACCAUCCACUACAUCCACCCAAUCCUGGACAAAACAUCCUUCGUCCAACGCUGCGAGUCCUUAUGGGCGGAUGAAGGAAUAGAGAACAAGAGGAUCACAAGUUUCGUGGCUUUGUACUAUAGUAUUUUAUCCAUUGGUGCAUUGGUUGGAACCAGAGAUGACGAGCUUAUCGAUGGAAUGACCAACCUUUCCUGGAGCCGGAAGUUCUUUGAUCGAGCCAAGGACUGUUGCAAUAGGCUUGGAAUGGUUACUGACCUAGAUAUGGUCCAAUGCUACUUUAUCCUGGCCAAAGUUUGUCAGAACGAACUGCAUCCACACCUAUCAUACAUGUAUGUCGGCCUUGCUAUAAGAACUGCUCUGGCAAUGGGCAUCAACCGUGAACCGGGACCGAACAGCAAGAAGCCUCCCUCGUUACUGAGAGCAGAGACAAGAACGUGGUGGGGCCUUUACUCUUUAGAGACUGAGAUGUCUUUCGCGAUGGGCAGACCAGACACUUUAGGAGCGGACCUCUACCAUAACCGACGCUUUCCUCGUAUCGGAAACGGUCAGAACGAAACCGGGAUGGAUUCAGAGAUGUCCGAACAUCCUUGUUGCGCCAUCAUCGAGCACAUGGUGCAGUUCUCUAAAAUCACAAGAAGCAUUUGCCUUAGCAUAUAUCUACCUGAAACGACGAUACCCAUGAUGGUGGCACUGGCUGGCCAAAUUGAGAGGGACCUGGAGGCCUGGACACAAAAGCUUCCCGAGGCUAUACGGCCAGCGGGAUCAUCAACGCAGGUCCCGUCUUUGAGAGGCGUCAGGGAUGUUCAGUGGGUAAAGCGACAGCGGCUUGUGUUGAACCUGAGAUAUCAUAAUCUUAGGAUCCUGCUAUUUGGGUCCUUUCUCUUGAGGUCAACGGCACAGGAGAGGGCGACUAUGAGUGAUACCAAGCAUGGUAUCCAGAAGUGCCUUGAAUCAGCAAAGCAAACGAUUGAAACCAUCUACCAAACUUACCAGCACAGUGACUUCUUCCGUACAUGGUUCUACAACACGACAUACACCGUAUUUGCCGCCAGUAUCAUACUGGUGUAUAUGACCCAAGAAGCAGUCGAGAGCGAAAUGCAACCCUUACUUCGUCUUGUUGACAUGGCAAUCGAGAUACUCAUGAUUAUGGACGAGUGUGUCGUCGCGCUACAAGCGGCUAAGCUAUUACAAGGAGCGAGAGAAAAGGCGACACAGAAGCCGUCGUCUCAAGCUGUUGCGCCUGUGAAUCCGGGUACAUCUUGGCCUGAUGGGAUGGUGUACUUGAAUCAUUACUGGGGACCUCUGAAUCUGCUUGAUGGAGACUUGGAUCAGAACCUCGAUAUGUCGUCGAUAGACUUUGAUGCUGCGAGCUUGUUUAUGUCGAUGCCUCAUUAGUUCAAUAAGAAUACUAUUCCAAUUGAGUAUUGAACGGAACAUCGAAAGCAAGUCAAGUCAUAUUGAUAGUAUAUAAUAGCUAUGGGAGAGAGUAGAAAUCGAGCAAGGUUCAUAACAG